UAUGUGUGAGUGUGUGUGUGUCCCACUUUCACCCCAGCAGGACAGGAGAGAGUUUGGCGCACUUCGUUGGGACGGACACUUACAUCUAAAUAACUAGGAAACUACAGUUGAAGGUGCAGUAUUUGUCACAGGAGUCCCAUCAGAAGUGCGCCAAGGAACACCUCCCUUGAAGGAACACCUCCACUGCGCGCGCGCGCUCUCUCUCUCUCUCUCUCUCUCUCUCUCUCUCUCUCUCUCUCUCUCGCAAUGUCCGUCUCUGCGCUCUCGUUUUCCCGCCUGCUCCGGUGCAGUCUCUCCUCCUUGGGUCGGACACCAAGCGCGUGUCCGGGCAGGUGUCUGUGCGCGCGACCCCUGACGGUGAGCGGGGUCCGAUGGAGAUCGUCUCGCUUGGACGUGGAUGGAAGCGGCCGUCCUGCGACGUGGGAUUCAUUCGGGAUUUGGGAUAAUCGGAUAGAGGAGCCCAUCCUGUUGCCCCCCAGCAUUCGUUACGGUACCCCCAUCCCUCACAUCAGCCUGUCCAGAGUGGGCUCAGCAUCCCACAUCGGCCGUCGCCGUGACAACGAGGACCGUCUGCGAGCGAGCGCGCUCACGCCUGACACGCAGUACUUUGCGCUGUUUGACGGGCACGGAGGACCGCACGCCGCCGACUUCUGUCACACACACAUGGAGGAGCACAUCCGGAAAUGUUUGUCGGUGGAAACAGAUCUGGAGGCAGUUUUGUCUGAAGCGUUCCUGCGUGUGGAUGCCGCUUUAGCUGCGGAGCUGCAGAUAUAUGGAAAUGCAUCUCUCAUGACGGUGGGCACCACGGCGACGGUUGCAUUGCUAAGAGACGGGAUAGAGUUGGUUGUUGGCAGCGUUGGCGACAGUCGAGCUCUGUUGUGCCGAAAAGGAAAAGCCCGCAAACUCUCAGAUGACCACACGCCAGAGAGGAAAGAUGAGAAACAGAGAAUUCGGCGAAGUGGUGGGUUUGUGACCUGGAAUAGUGUUGGUCAAGCAAAUGUAAACGGACGGUUGGCAAUGACCCGCAGCAUCGGAGACUUUGAUUUAAAGAAGAGUGGAGUGAUCGCACAACCUGAGACCACUCGCACUUUAUUGCAGCACGCUCACGACUCUUUCCUGGUCCUCACUACUGACGGCAUCAACUUCAUCAUGACCAACCAGGAGAUCUGUGAUGUCAUCAGUCAGUGUCACGACCCCACCGAGGCCGCAAACAUCAUCGCUGAGCUGGCUCUACAGUACGGCUCUGAGGAUAACAGCACGAUCAUCGUCGUCCCGUUCGGCGCGUGGGGAAAACAUCAGAACUCUGAAUUCACUUACUCCAUGAGCCGAAACUUUGCCUCCAGUGGCCGCUGGGCUUAACCAUCAAACAGCGUAAACGACCUGAGAAGAUUGAGAAACACUCCCUCUAUAUAACUACACUGCCACCAGCGUGUUCUUCACUUUAUACUAAACGAAAAGCCAAAGAAAUGUCCACAAUUCCAAAACUUCACAGCUCAAGCAAGCCAACAUUGAAAACACAAACUAUUCGUAAAAAUGCCUGCUGUCAUUGAACAGAUAAAUGGUUUUAUUGAAUUAUAAUAUAUUUGUAUAUUUUGAUGAGAACCUGUAUUUUGCUGUUUUUUCCACAACGUUUAUAAACGUUUUAUUUAUUUGGUGAAACCCCUAGAUUGUAAACAUAACGUGUGUUGAGAUCAAAUGUACCGACGGAAACAUGGCUGCUAAACUUUUACAGUAAUAAACCCACGGUUAAUUGUCAUAAGGGACUUGAUUCUAUCUGAUUUGUCAAACGUUGCAUUUGGCGGUUCAAAUUUUCUGGAUAAUCCCGUUGCCAUGGCAACAUGAUGGUUAGAUCACUUUCUUGAUUGAUGUGCUUUUAGACUCUCUUAUCUGACCUGUUAGUUUCACAGAAACCCAUAUUAACGUAGAUUUUAAUUAUCUUAGAUGGCGACUGUAACUUAGUAAAAUAACAUUGGAAGCCAGGAAAAACAAAAUU